GCAUCCAUGAGAAUAAGAUGGAAGUUCUCACGCUGAUAACUAUAUAUUCGAGAACAUUUUUUCGUCAGUUUUGCCCUUGUGUAUCAAGAUGAAGUCCAUAGUGCUGACUCUUGUUUUAUGCUCUAUCAUCUUAGCGGUCGCCGAUGAAUCAAAGAAGUGCAACUCAAAUGAAGAUUGUGGAGAAGACGAAUGUUGUGUUCAUACCUUAUCUUUUAUAAGUUCGAAGUGCAAAAAACUGCGACAAGAAGAUGAAUUUUGUUAUCCAACCCCAAAAUAUAACGAAGUAGAGGGAAAGCACAGAUUUAUGUGUCCAUGUCGUGAUGGCUUGGAAUGCAAACCAGCUAAAAUAGAGGAAAAAGACGGAAUGACCAUUUAUUACAAUGCCACAUGCAAACCAAGCAAACCCAACGAGUGAUCGAUAGAAAUGAGGCAGUGGAAAGCUGUAAAAGUAUAAAAAGGCGUCAAGGAAACUGCAAAUAUAAUCCGAUUUUAUUUAAUAGCGGGAAAUAUGAAAUCAUAUUGAUCUACCAAUAAAAUUUUAUUUUGGAAAAUGUUA